AUGGAUGCCUUGAGGGAGAUGCCCGGUUAUGCUAAGAUUAUGAAAGAUCUAAUGUCACAGAAGUUUGAUUUUCAAGAUCUAUCCACUGUGACUUUGACACAGACCUGCAGCACAGUGGUGGCAAAACCGAUGGCUCAAAAGAUGUCGGACCCAGGUAGCUUCACUAUUCCAUGCACAAUUGGAAGUUAUGCCUUUGCAAAGGCGUUGCGUGAUUUGGGAGCCAACAUAAAUCUGAUGCCGCUGGCUAUGUACACCAAACUGGGCAUUGGUAGAGCUAGGCCAACUUCGAUGCUACUACAGUUGGCUGACCGCACAGUGAAGAGGCCCACUGGUAUUCUUGAUGAUGCGUUGGUACAAGUGGGGAAAUUCGUGUUCCCUGCAGACUUUGUUAUCUUGGAUUGUCAGGUAGAUGAGGAGAUACCUCUUAUUUUAGGGAGACCAUUUUUAGCCACGGGGAGAGCACUGAUCGACUAUGAAACUGGGGAAUUAAAAAUGAGAUUGAACGAUGAAGAAGUCAUAUUCAAUGUUUAG